AUGCCCAGUAACGGAACCAGCGGCGGGAACCGAGCGAGCGACGGGACGUGCUCCGGCAGCGGCUGCACCGGGAGCGGCUCGGUCCAUGCGCCGGCCAUGGAGCGAGCCCGGCCGGCCACGGUGACGGUGUCCGCGGUGAGCCUGGCGCUCAGCGUGCUGUCGCUGCUGCUGCUGGUCACCGCCAUCUCCACCGACCACUGGUACGAGACCGACACCCGCCGCCACAAGGACAACUGCGACCGCCACGGCUCCGACUCCAACGACCAGAAGAACCGGGAGAUGCCCAUCUACCACCUGCCGCUGGUGGACACCGGCAGCGGCGGCGCCCGGCAGCGGGACGUGGCGCUCAUGAAGCCCGUUCAUGUGGGCAGCAGAGAGGAGGAGCUGCUGGAGAACUGGCGGGCCAUCCUGGGGAUGGGCAUCCUGGAGACGGAGUGCGGCAGGCCGCUGUUCUCCACCCACUCCGGCCUGUGGAGGAAGUGCUACUUCAAGGGCCUGGACCCGGACAUCGACAAGCUCAUAGACCGGGGUAUCGCAGAUCGCUGCACUGCUGUCAAAUAUCACUUCUCUCAGCCCAUCAGACUGCGGAACAUCCCUCUGAACCUGACCAGAACCAUCCAACAGGACGAGUGGCACCUGCUGCACUUGCGGCGGAUCACGGCCGGCUUCCUGGGCAUGGCGGCUGCCGUCCUGCUGUGCGGCAGCAUUGUGGCGUCGGUGGGCUUCUUCUGGGAGGAGAGUCUGACACAACACGUCUCAGGGCUGCUGUUCCUCAUGGCAGGGAUCUUCUGCACCAUCUCUCUGUGCACGUAUGCGGCCAGUGUGACGUAUGACCUGUCGAGGAACCCACCUUUCAUCUACGGUCUGCCGGCGGACGUGGAUCACGGCUAUGGUUGGUCCAUUUGCUGCGCUUGGGCCAGUCUGGGUCUGACAGUGGCAUCCGGCUGCCUCGGAACCACCUUCCCGUUUCUGAGCCGGGCUGGAGCGCUGCGGUCUAAAACUGCCCGCGAGUCCUCCGUCUGA